CGACCUAAUUCGCCGGCACACUCCGUUGAUACAUUCAGUCACUCGCACCGCCCGCUCGCCGCGGCCGUGUCAGACGAUUAAAAAUACAACGCGCCGGAAUUAAAAAGUUUGUGUUCCAUUUUUGAAUUUGAACUCGUGUUCGUUCGCUUUAUUUCAUCAUGUCUUCAGCCACAGCCACUAAAAAUGGAUCCGUCCAAGGAUUAGCUGCCAAGGCGCCAUGGACGGACGAGCAAGGCAUUGCAGUAAAAAUAUACGAAGGCGUGGUGACCACCUUGGAGAUAUUACUGCUGCUUGUCAAAAUGUGGGUGUCCUGGAUAUACGCCAUGUACCAGCUGGUCGUGCCACCCGUGCCGAAGAGUAUCGAAGGAGAGGUUAUUCUGAUCACAGGCGCCGGUCACGGCAUGGGCCGCGAGGUGGCGCUGAGGUUCGGGAAGCUGGGAGGAGUCAUCGUCUGCGUAGAUAUUAAUGCCGCCGGCAACCAGGAAACUGUGGACGUCAUCAAGGCUAAUAAGGGGAAGGCGCACCGAUAUGAGUGUGACGUAACAGACAGCAAAGCCGUGGCCGCGUUGGCGGAGCGCGUGCGCCGCGAGGUUGGUGACGUCACGAUGCUGGUUAACAACGCCGGGAUCAUGCCCUGCAAGCCUCUGUCGCAGCACAGCGAGAAGGACAUCAGGACCAUGAUGGAAGUCAAUGUUAUGGCGCACUUCUGGAUGCUCCAGAGCUUCCUCCCAUCAAUGAUGGAGAAGAACCACGGCCACAUCGUAGCCAUGUCCUCGAUGGCUGGCAUGCUUGGUCUCCGCAACCUGGUGCCGUACUGCGCGUCCAAGUUCGCAGUUAGAGGCAUGAUGGAAGCUCUGCAUGAGGAGUUGAGGGAGGACUCCAAGGAUUACAGUGGUAUCAAAAUCACCGUAAUCUGCCCAUACAUCGUGGACACGGGCCUGUGCAAGAACCCCAAGAUCCGGUUCCCCACACUGAUGAAGAUCGUCACAGCGGACGAGGCGGCCGACAACAUCGUUGAUGCCGUGAGGAGGAACUACUCCGAGAUCACCAUUCCUAGCUCCUUGUUCUAUGUUAACUCGUUCCUACGACCGCUGCCUAAAACUGUCCCACUUCAUCUCAAGGACUUCUUGGACUCUGGUUUGGAGGCUCAAUAAUUAAAUUAAGUGUUGAUUUAAAUUUAAAUGAGACUUCAGCUAACAAGCUCAAAUACAUUUCUCUACAGUGAAUGAAGUACAGAUGUAGUGCAUAAUUGUUUUCCAUCGUAUUUUCUCGGAAACGUUCGUAUUUGUCAUGCUACUUCAGUCAACCUCGUUCGUACGUUUCCGUGAAAAUACGAUGUAAAAUAAUUAUGCACUAGGUACAUCUGUACUUCGAGUACCUAAGCUACUCCUCUCCUAAAGGGGCCCACUGGUUAACAGUCCACCGGACGGUAUCGGCCUGUCAGUUGUUCGGAACUGUCAAAAUUUUGUUCUAACUGACAUGCGGACUGUUAAUCAGUGGGCCCCUUAAGACAAAUAAAUGGAGCCUUUAACUAUUUGUUUAAACUGUUAGUGUCGGAAUCGAUAAUAUGGAUGUUAAAUAUCGUGAUACCAACGUGAGGUGAUAACUGGUACUGUAAACUCCAAUUGCUUUAGCUCUAGGAGGAAGCAAUGUCCGAUAAAAUUGUGCCUAUUUAAAUAAAACAAGGCCUUGAAACUACCAUUGCUGUGGAGUCUGUUCAAUUUUUUGCACAGAUUUAUCCAAGAAGGCAACGUUGAUUACUUUGGUAACAAAUCAAAUUAUUUUUUAUUAAAUAUUUUGAUUAGUGUUUUUUAAGUAGUCACAAAUACUAUGAAUUAUUUAUAAACUGAUAUAGAUGACGAAUGACGAAGGCCGGAUUCCACCACGGCACGGGUGGGUGCCGGUUCGUAUCCGUCCUUUACUACUGGAGGACUUUUCUUUAAUAUAUAUUAUGACAUCUAAUGACAUCUAUAGGUAUCAGUUUAUAAGGCAACGUAUACCAUUAGCAGCCAUACGGAGUAACUCUUAGAGCUAGAGUAACCACGAUUUACACACAUCUGAGCGUUAUUCUUAUAGAACCAAAUAUGACUAUAAUGGGUUCUCAUGAACCAUCGGCGCGGUUCGGGAAAUGAAUUAGAGAUUCACUAGAUAUAAUAUAAUAACGUCGCUCCAAUAUUAUUGCGGCCGUCAUAAGGUACCCUUUGCCGUGGAACGUCACAUAUCUUUACUAUUUCAUAUCUAGUGAAUCUCUAAUUCAUUUCCCGAAUCGCGCCGCAUAUCUUAAGUUAAGAACUCUAGGAUAACGUGUGGUUGGAUAUUAUUAACUGAUAUUAUUUGCGAUGUGAUUUUUUAAAAUAGCACGUUCUGGAAUAAUUUCAAAGAAAGACAAUAUGAAGUUACUUAUAGUUACUAUGCAAAGGAGGUAAAUGAAACUUUCAAAUACCAGUGAGCUAAUUGUGUAAUAUUAGUGAUAUUAAAGGUUAAUUGUGAUGCUACGAAUUUUUACAUGAAGCCUCAUGGCUCUUCUCACUCACUGUCACUGUGUGUUUCACUUUCAUAAAAAUUAAAUGAAAAAUUCUACUACCGUAAUUGAGAAUCUUAAACAAAUCACAUAAUUUAGAAAAUACUUGUGGAAAUUCAGGAAAUGGCAUUUAGUAUAAUGAAAUGGGUCCAUUAAUGUACGUAUUUAUAAUGUUUAGAAACGUCGUACACUUAAAUAUGUAUGUAAUUUGUGUUGGCGGAAGUGUUAACGUAAGUCAUACAUCAAUACAUCAUAAAUACCAGCUAUUACAAAAUACCAUAAUGAAUACAUUAUGAACAAGAUAAGAGUGAUAUUUAUUUAAUUACACAAACGGGUCUACCGCUAUAUAAUUUCAUUGUUUGACCAUUGACCAAAGAUUGACCAGUCUUUCCGUGACCACAGCUGGUGCAACUCAGCUGAAACGUCCGUAUUUAAGGUAAAAACAAUGUAAUUAUGUCGCGGUAGACCCGUUUGUGUAAUUAAAUAUUUGUACAAAACGCGAGAGUUUUAAGUGUUAUAAGAGUGAUAUUAUUUAGUGCCUGAGAUAGCCCGGUUGUAAGUACCUAAUUAAUUGUUAUAGUUGUUUGUUUGGGCAUAAGUAGAUUAUAAUAGCAAUAACAUCAUUUUAAUUAACUAACAUCACAAGAAUCAAUUCUUUUUGUAUAUUAUUCCAUAACAAUAAGUCAAAGUAUAUAUGUGCAAUAAUAGAAACUUAUGUGGGUAUGUGUAUGAUGUGCCAUGUGACUUGAAUAUACAGGAUGUAACAAAAAUAGUGGGGAUCCAUUUAGGCUUGUUUAAGGGCAUAUCGGUAUCGUGUUCUGAUUAGGAAAAAGUAGAAGAAAGACUCCAUAAAAAAGCCAAUUUUUCUCGUCAAUUAGAUUUUCCUUCUACUUUUUCCUGAUUGGAACACGACACCACGAUACGGAUACGGGUCUUAAAGGGAUCCCCAAAAUUUUUGUUAUUCAUUCUAUAAAAUAGGAUAACUUUGGAAGUAAAAAAACGAAUCAUUUGGUAAUAAUUUUACGGGUUUAUCAUCUUUCUUAAAAUGAAAGGCACAAAAGAAAUAUAUUUUUUACUUGCAUUUUUGUCCUAGCUUGCCUUAUUAUUUCAAGAAAAUUACUUUUCAUUUCUAAAGUGAUGUUUGUUUUUAAUAACUUGUAAAUAGAUAAGUUAGGGUUUGUAUAUUAGUUUUGAAUGGGAAUUUUAAUAUAUACAAG